AUGGGGCCAGGAGUCCCCACUCUGGCAGGCCACGGGGGCUGCCCAGGAGCAGAACCUGCCAUGCUGCGCCCAUGUGCUGCAAAGAUAGAUCCGGACUCGAGGAAGGAGGGGCUGUAUUUGAAAGGAUCACUGCAAGACUGGGAAAGGGAAUAUUUCAGCCAGGAGAAUGCUCAGGCAAGCCGCUGCCCGGGCUGCCCGCCUCCCAGAGCUCCAAAAGAAAGGCCUUUGCUUUCGCAGGGAGGAGUGAGAGAGGUGUAUUCAGGGACCAUCCUGUGCUCGGCCUUUUGGGGCAGAAGCUGUAUGUUGGGCUGA